UAGUUCGGCCGCGUUUCGCGUGUAGAGGCCGCGCCGGGCGAGUUCUGACAUGGCUGACGGCGGGAGCCCUGCGGCCCAGCUGUGCUCCGAGCAGUUCGGUUCCGGGGCGGCCCGGGGCUGCCUCGCCGCCGCCGACGGGAGCCUGCAGUGGGAGGCUUGGGGGUGGCGCUGCUGGGGGUUCUCUGGGCCCUUCACAGUAAAACCCCGAGGACGGGACGGCGGCGCAGGGGGGACUCCCGGGGCCGCUUCACCGCCUCUCUCGGGGCUCACGGCCGUGUUCCUGCCGCAGGGCUUCCCCGAUAGCGUCAGCCCGGACUACCUGCCCUACCAGCUGUGGGAUUCCGUGCAGGCCUUUGCUUCCAGCCUCUCAGGCUCCCUGGCCACCCAUGCAGUCUUGCUGGGCAUAGGGGUGGGGAACGAAAAAGCUUCUGUUUCAGCUGCCACUGCCACCUGGUUGGUGAAAGGCUUUUUGUGGAGCACUGCGUUAAGAAUGCGGUUAUUGAAUAAAACGACCGGCUGCUUGAAAUGUGGGAAAUUGCUCAGUUCUAGAAAAAAACAAUUUUGUACUUCUCUGAGCUUUAGUUACUUCAUCUAUGAAAGGGAGGAUCUCUCAGAAGUUCAUAGGAUUGUGGUGAAGGUUGAAAGGAGGAGGGAUUUCAGGAGUAAACUGGACUGCAAUGCCAAGCAGUGGAGGCUUUUUGCUGAUAUCCUCAACGAUGUAGCCAUGUUCCUCGAGAUUAUGGCUCCCAUAUAUCCAGUCUUUUUCACCAUGACCAUCUGUACCAGCAACCUGGCCAAGUGCAUUGUGAGCGUGGCUGGCGGGGCCACGCGGGCUGCCCUGACCAUGCACCAGGCCAGGAGAAACAACAUGGCUGAUGUGUCAGCCAAGGAUAGCAGCCAGGAGACACUGGUAAACCUGGCAGGGCUCCUGGUCAGCCUCUUGAUGCUUCCCCUGGUGUCAGCUUGCCCUAGCUUCAGCCUCGGUUGUUUCUUCUUCCUCACCGCCCUUCACAUCUACGCCAACUACCGGGCAGUCCGAGCCCUUGUCCUAGAGACCUUGAAUGAAGGCCGGCUCCGGCUGGUCCUGAAGCACUUCCUUCAGAGGGGAGAGGUACUUGGCCCCGCCUCAGCUAAUCAGAUGGAGCCACUGUGGACAGGUUUUUGGCCGUCUCUGUCUCUAUCCCUGGGGGUCCCCCUACACCGCUUGAUCUCCAGUGUCUUUGAGCUGCAACAGCUGGUUGAGGGACACCAACAACCCUACCUCCUUCGCUGGGACCAGUCGCAAAACCAGGUGCAAGUCGUUUUGAGCCAGAUGGCAGGCCCUGAAACCAUCCUAAGGGCUGCCAUACACGGACUGGUGCUUGAAGCCCUGCAGGGAGAUGGGCCCCUCCCAAGAGAACUGGAGGAACUGAGGAACCUAGUACGGGCAGGCCCUGAGAAAGAGAGCUGGGUCAUCAUCAGGGAGACACACCGAGUGUUGGACAGGCUAUUCCCAAAGUUCUUGAAAGGACUGCAGGAUGCAGGCUGGAAGACUGAGAAGCACCAGCUAGAGGUGGAUGAGUGGAGGGCCACAUGGCUUCUCUCUCCGGAAAAGAAGAUCUUGUGAGCAGCCCAGAUAGAGGCCCAGGUCCCAGGAUAGGAGCCUGGAGCAGGCACACUUUGGCCACAGCAGGAUGUGGGAACAGUGGCUUUAUUUUCGUUUAGGGGAAUUGCUGUGGCAGUUUGGCCAAGGCCUCAUGGGCUGUAACCGCCAGUCGGAUGGACAGGGGCCCCAGACAGAGACAAGGUGGAGAGAAGGGGAACCAGGGCCUACCCCCCGACUCCUGCUCCUGCCGUUCUCCCUUCUCACCACUGCAGGCUCCUCACGCCCAUUCAUUGUGAGGCUGAGCCCUGUCCUGGCUGUGGCUCAUGGUGUCCAACAGGGUUGGCCUCAGGCAUAAAAGCCCCAGAG